AUGUAUGUGAAGGCCAUGGUGGUCGAUAAGGACUUUCCGGAGGACAGGAAGCCCAGGAAAGUGUUCCCAGUGAAGGUGACAGCCCUGGGCGGUGGGGACUUGGAAGCCACAUUCACCUUCAUGAGGGAGGAUCGGUGCGUCCAAAAGAAAAUCCUGAUGCGGAAAACGGAGGAACCCGGCAAAUUCAGCGCCUAUGGCGGCAGGAAGCUCAUAUAUGUGCAGGUGCUGCCCAGGAGGGACCACUUCGUCUUUUACUGCCAAGACCAGCACCGUGGGGGCCUGUUCCACAUGGGAAAGCUCAUGUGUAGGAAUCCCGACAUCAACAUGGAGGCCCUGGAAGAAUUUAAGAAAUUCAUGCAGCACAAGGGACUCUCAGAGGAGGACAUUUUCAUGCCCCUGCAGAUGGGUGAGAGGACGGCUGUGCCCAGUCCCCCGUGUUUCCCCCGUGUCUCUCUGAAGCUGCGCUCCCGAACACUAGCGUGUCAGCUCAGCCCAUCGCCCCCUGCAUCUGUCCCCACUCGGUCGACUCCCCCCAAUCCACUCACUGAGGAUGCUCAGAGGCCUGCCCGGUCAUUGGAGGAGCUGAGGUUACUCGGGAACCCCAAGGCUGCCCAGCAGUGGCUGAUCACAGCAGCCCCUAGUCUGCACCCAGAGUCCACCCUGCUGCCAGACACGGAGCCCAGACCGCCUGGACCUAUCCCCCAGCCAUGA